UGGGUGAGACGACACGGACAGCGUUGGACUGCAUGAGGAUUAUCGAUAUUUAAUAAUAUUUCUGCUGUUUUUCAUGACUUUUUGCGCAGCAAUGUGUCCAAAGACUUUGCUGCUGGUGCUGGUGUGCGUGCACGCUGCCUCGGCUGCUGCCAAUAACGUCAGUGCACGAGGGAGGACCUUCACCUUCUUUGACCCUUCGGCUGACCACCUUGACCUGAGUGACCUUUAUGCAGACAACAACGUCUUUAAAUCUAAUCUCUCCAAAAGUAUCUGGAUGCGUAAUGCGAACGUCUCCGUCCAGCCUAACAUCUCCGAGGCGGCGCUUCAGUUCCUAACGGGCCCCGUGUCCACCAUCCUCAUCCCGUCCUUCUACACUCUGAUCUGCCUCGUCAGCAUUCCCAUCAACGUCGCUGCCAUUCUGGCCUUCGCCCGGGGGAUCCGACCCAAGAAGCCCGCCGCCAUCUACAUGCUGAACUUGGCCUCCGCCGACCUGCUCUUCGCCUCGCUGCUCCCCUUCAAGAUCUCCUACCACUUCGGCGGCAACGACUGGAUAUUCGGCCCGCUCAUGUGCCGCGUGGUCACCGCCGCCUUCUACUGGAACAUGUACUGCUCCGUGCUCCUCAUAGCUUGCAUCAGCGUGGACCGUCUCCUCGCCGUGGUCUACCCUAUCGACUCCCUGUCGUGGAGGAGGCCCCGCAACGCCAACAUAGCCUGCGUGGCCAUGUGGAUUAUAUCCCUCGCCGGCUCCGUGCCCCUGGUGCUCUCCGACCAGACCUUCCACCUCCAGGAGUUGGACAUCACCACCUGCCACGACGUGCAACUGGCGAGCCAGCUGAUCUGGCGCUACAAGGCGUACUUCGUCACCCUCUGCGUCGCCCUCUUCUUCCUGCCUCUUCUCGUCAUCGCUGUGUCCUACGCCCGGGUCAUCUGGUCGCUCAGCAGAGUCCCGAAAGGUUUCCCUGGAAGCUCCCGCAGGAGAGCAAGAGCGAUUGUUAUGGCGUUUACGGUGCUGGUGAUGUUCGUGCUGUGCUUCACGCCAACGAACUGCCUCCUCCUGGCGCACUACCUGCAGUUCAACAAGGGGGUCCAGCAGAACCAGGAGGCCCCUGACGGUUCCUACGCCGUCUACCUGGUGUUCCUGUGUGUCGGGAGUCUCAACUGCCUCCUGGACCCUCUGGUCUACUACUUUGGAUCAUCCCAGUGCCAGAAACAGCUCUCCAGCGCGCUGAGGUGUCAGAAGGUCACGGAUGGGAACAGCAACAGCAGCCAUUCUGCGUUCAGCAGAUCCAGCAGCAGAACAAUUCUGAAAUCCAGCCGUGCAGAAAGCUCCAAAAUGAACACUCCGGUCGCAAAGAUGGACUCUUACCAGGCGAACCUCAACAGCCAGUACAAGAAGCUGCUGGUGUGAUCAGAUGAACUGACUCCUACCUGUGAUUUUAAAAUCAUUAAACAGUAGAAAGAUUGUAUUAUGAAGUCCAAGUAACAGCCAAUAAAGAGCACAAAGUGAAUCUGUAGUUUAUUUUUCUUUCAGGAUGAAGGGAGGACGACUGAAGUGCUGCCAACAGAAAUAACUUUGUUUUGUGCAAUGACAGAAGAGGCUUUUGAUAUGAAGGAAGUAGAGAUUAGAUAAGGAACAGUUGAUACUCUGAAAUGCUUUUUAUUUUUUUGCACUGUAGAAUAAGAGUUUAUUAAGUUUAUAAGCUGCAAGUGAAUCUGUUAGUAUUAGAGUUAACGGAAGGAAACUAUUUGCUACUUUGUCUUUUUUUAUGUUUCACAUUUGAAAAACUGUCAAUGUCGUACUUUUUACUUUUUUUAAAGAAAGUAUUCACCUUUUAUUUUCCAUGUUUGGCAUCUGAAUGAAUCUGUUAUCUUAUCGUUGUGAUAGUGUUUUGGAGAUAACAGUAGUUUGUUGCACGCUGCUCUCUGCUGGUUGGAAGUGUGAAGUACUUCAAGUAUAUUAUACACAGUAUCACUGCAGUUUUAUUGUCUUUUCUCCUCCAGCAGGAAGCGCUAAGAUACUGAUAAUAAAAGGAAACCUCUUUAUCUGUGUUUAUAUCGGUCUCAGCAGAAAGUCAUGUGAUAGUAUAAAAUAGAUACUGACCGAAUAAAUACUUUUUGAAUCUUUUAAUGUUAUACAACUUGAUGUACUGUUGAGUACUUCUCUAAGUCCACUCGAUAAGUCUGCCAAUUAUCUUUUUAAUUAAUUGUUCAGGAUGUUAAAUGUCCAAAGAUUGUAAAAAAAAACCUGUUUCAUCACAGUUCCUGAGAGUCCGUCUUUAAAUGUGUUGUUGUGUCUGAAAACUUUCCAAAAACAAAAAGAUGUUCAAUUAACAUUGAAACACAAAGAAUAUAAAGAAUAUAUACUUCGUCAUGUACAAGACAAUUUCACUUAUGUACAUAAAGAUA